AUGAAAUUAGACACUUUAGAAGUGAGAGAUUAUGCUAAAAUCAUAGAUGUCGAGCAACGAAAGCAAGUUCUUUCGAGGAAGAUGAUAUUUCAAUUGCAUCAGCGGAUACAAUCGCGAAUAAACGUUCCUAUAUCAGAGAAGGAAGAUUCAAUCGUACCUCAGAGUGAAUCUCAAUUUCCAUCUCACGUCACAAAACAAUUUCAAAAUGUACUCGAGAGUCGUUUUAGAAGACACAAUUCCACAAUGACAAAUCGUCAGAAACGUAAAUGUCUAUUACAAGUAAUCAAACAGGUGCACCUGGAGCUGUGUAAAGUAUCAAAAAUAAUAUGCACUAUUUACGGAGUACAAAUAGCUUGGGAGAUAGGAGUAACUAUCAUGGGUCUCACUGCAUCUCUAUAUAAUUUGUAUGUUCGAUACAUUAUAAACGGAUACAAAGUCGCAGGUUUGGUAGGAGAAACAUUUGUAACGUUGAUGUUAUGUUCUUUGCAUAUUGUAAGAGCUGUUCUUUUGAGUCGCGUUUGCAAAAAUGCAGCCGAUGAGGGAAAUAGAACCAUGGAAAUUAUUCACACUUUUUAUGGUUGCAACUCGGAUAGUGAUAUGCAGGAGGAGGUUUAUUUGUUUAUAAUACAUUAG